ACCUCAUUCUACACUCUCUUGGCUCAUUCUCACCCACUCCACAAGAAAGACACAUCCCACCUCCCCUUUCUUUCUAUUUAAUAUCCUCCAAAAACUAUCCACAGACUCACUGGGCCACUUCUCCUGAGUGAGUCCUGAUGCUGUCAGGAAGAAUCAUCAACCUUUUAAGAACCCAAACAAUGCAAUCCCACCCACCACUUCAUUAGAUCUGACAGAUGAGUUUGGUUGUCUGAGAUAUUUGGUUGGGUGAUAGGCUUUGACUGAUUGGGUUUUGCUUUUAGGCUGUUAGGAUUGAGAAAAUGGUGUUUUGGGCACUUGGGGAGUCUCGAAACACUGAAAGAGCAUUUGGGUCAAUUUGGGUUUUUUCUAUUUAAGAUUGGAAAGAUCUUGAGUUUUGGGUGUUUGGGGAUUUAAAAAAAAAAAAGGAGAUUUCAGUGUACGAAAGUGGGUAUUUUGUUCUGAUUUUUAGCAAGAUUGGAGGAAAUUGAUUUUUGGGUAUCGGGGGGUUUUUGGGAUGAGAAAUAGGAUUUUGGCAUCGCAUUUAGAUUGGGAUGAGUAACAGUGUUUUGGAAAUUGCUACACAGAUUAUGGUGAUGGCCAUUGUCAUCUCUGUGGUGUUGUUGUUUGUGGGCAUUGGAGUUUUGGUUCUGAUUCAUGUCUGUAUUGUUGGGAGGGCUUUCAGGAGAGGUUUCAAUGCUAGCAAUAGAGGAGAGAGAGCGGCUAAUGACAGUAGCAAUGGCAUGUCCCUUGAUGAUCUUGAGAAACUCCCUUGCUUUGAUUUCAAGGCUAGAGACAAAGGGAGUAGCCCUGUGGAUUGUGCUGUUUGCUUGGAGAACUUCAAGAUGGGUGAUAAGUGCCGCCUGCUGCCGGUAUGCAACCACAGCUUCCAUGCGCAUUGCGUCGACUCGUGGCUCUUGAAGACUCCUGUUUGCCCGAUCUGCAGAGCAGGCGCGGGUUCUCAGGAUGGCUUCGAUGUUUUCAGCCCAAACCGUUUGGGUGGGGUUGGGUUUGAAUUAAGGGAGAGCCCGGCCGUCGUGGUCGGGAUUCCGGUGAGUUCCAAUCCGUCGCCCUUGCACGCUUCGUCUUUGGCAUAGGCCGAAGAAUCCUACGAGAAUCGUAGUUGGGUGAUUAGGGUGAACACUUAAAGGGAUUUCUUGUACAUUUGGUCCUUGAUGGGAUUCAGACUAUUUGAUCUUGAGAAAUCAAUGGCAGUACUCUUAUCUACUUGGGUUAUGUUUCGAUGUACAAGUGAACUGAAUUGCAAGUGUUUGGCUUAACCAGGAGAAGGAAAUGGCAAUUCUAAUAUGGGUGAUUAAUACCUUGUAGGAAAGGGAUUGCUUGUACAUUUGGUCCUCGCAUGGGAAUUAGACUAUUUGAUCUUGAGAACUCAAUAGCAGUACUCUUAUCAAAUUAGGUUGUGUUUGGAUGUACAAGUGAACUGAAUUGCAAGCGUUUGGCUUAACUGGGAGAAGGAAAUGGCAAAAUUAAUGAUGUUUCCUAGC